CAGCGUUGGCGGAGAGCAGGGGCCUUCCGAGUUCCCCUCCUGAGGCGGAAAGGAGAGCGAGCGCUCAGCGCCGCAGAAGGCGCCUGAGAAAUUGCCCACUGGCCACAUCGAGCGCCCCAGAGAGAAUCUUCUGGUUUGCAGGAACCAUGACGUCCAUUCCCAUCAUGACUGCCCCCAUUUGUUUGAUUGAAAACCAGCAAGAAGAGCUAACUGUGAACCCCAAGGCAUUAACGAUUCUUAACAAGAUUUCUCAACCAGCAGUGGUGGUAGCCAUUGUAGGGAUGUAUCGGACAGGAAAAUCCUACCUGAUGAACCGCCUUGCAGGACAGAACAAUGGCUUCCCUCUGGGCUCCACGGUGAGGUCUGAAACCAAGGGCAUCUGGAUGUGGUGUGUGCCCCACCCCACCAAGCCGGAGCGAACCCUGAUCCUGUUGGACACGGAAGGCCUGGGCGAUGUGGAAAAAGUGGACUCUAAGAAUGACUCGUGGAUCUUUGCACUUGCUGUACUUCUGAGCAGCACCUUUGUCUACAACAGCAUGAGCACCAUCAACCACCAGGCGCUGGAGCAGCUGCACUAUGUGACUGAACUGACAGAGCUAAUCAGGGCAAAAUCCUCCUCUCGAUCUGACGAGAUCAAGGACUCCACCGAGUUUGUGAGUUUCUUUCCAGACUUUGUUUGGACAGUUCGGGAUUUUACACUGGAGCUGAGGUUGGAAUGCGACAUCACUGAAGAUGAGUACCUGGAGAAUGCCUUGAAGCUGAUUCCAGGCACGAAUCUCAGAAUCAAAAAUUCCAAUCUGCCUAGAGAGUGUAUCAGAAAAUUCUUCCCCAAACGGAAGUGCUUUGUUUUUGAUCGGCCUACAAAUGACAAGCGUCUCUUGGCCCAUAUUGAAGAAAUUCAAGAAGAGCAACUGGAUUAUAAUUUCCGGAUGCAAACAAAAAACUUCUGUUCCUAUAUCUUCAGCCAAGCAAAGAUCAAGACCCUCAGACGAGGGAUCAUUGUCACUGGGAACCGACUGGGGGCUCUGGUGGAGACCUAUGUGGGUGCGAUCAACAGUGGAGCGGUCCCGUGCUUGGAGAACGCAGUGACCACCCUGGCCCAGCGUGAGAACUUGGCGGCUGUCCAGAAGGCGGCUGAGCUCUACAGCCAGGAGAUGGCCCAGCACCUGGUGUUCCCCACGGACACUCUGCAGGAGCUGCUGGACGUGCACGGGGUCUGCGAGAAGGAAGCCGUUGCUCUCUUCAUGGACCGCUCCUUCAAGGAUGAAAACCAGGAGUUCCACAAACAGCUCGUGGGUACCAUAGAGAAAAAGAAGGAGGAUUUUGUACUGCAGAAUGAACAGGCAUCUGCGAACUACUGUCAGGCAGAGCUUACACAGCUUUCAAAGCCCCUGAUGAAGAGUAUUUCAGAAGGAGCAUUCUCUGUUCCUAGAGGACACGGUCUCUAUGUCGCAGCAAGGAGGAAGGUUGAACAGGACUAUAUGCACGUGCCCAGGAAGGGGGUUAAGGCAAAUGAAGUCCUUCAGAGAUUCUUGCAGUCACAAGCACCAAUAGAGGAAUCGAUCUUGCAGUCAGAUAAAGCCCUCACAGACAGAGAAAAAGCCAUAGCAGUGGAGCAAGCCAAAUCGGAAGCCGCAGAGAAGGAAAAGGAGCUGCUGAGACAGAAACACGAGGAGCAGCAGCAACAGCUUGAGGCUCAAGAGAGGAGCUUCAGGGAAAAUAUGGAGCAGUUGAGAGAGAAGAUGGAGAGGGAAAGAGAAAACCUCUUGAGGGAACAGGAAAAGAUGCUGGAACAUAAACUGAAGAUCCAAGAAGAGCUGUUGCUAGAAGGAUUUAGAAAGAAAUCCGAGGAGCUCAAUGGAGAGAUAAGUCGCCUACGUAAAGAAGUGGAAAGUAGCCGGCAACGGUCAGGCUUUGCACAGUUCCUGGAUAACUUCGGGAGCGCUUUAAUGGUGAUGCUUCCUGGGGUUGGGACAGUAGUGGGGGCGGGGCUGAAAGCUCUGGGCUCAAAGAUCGGAUAGGUCAGAAUUCCUCUUUGUGAAAUUAUAAAUGAGACUUCUUUUGUUUGUUUCAAUAGCAUAAUCUGGCUGAUCACUAAACAAGUAACCUAGUUUCAUUCAUUAACAGUUUAAAAAUAAAGAAUACCAAAGUCAUUACUGAAGUUUGUGAUCCUCAGUUUAAAAAAAAUGUUAAAAUAAAUGUUUUCAUGCCUUCAA